AUGAACUAUUUCACCGUUUUCUUCGUGCUCCUGCUCUCAUUCAACACCGCCUCAGCACAAUUCGGAUACAUGCCAUAUGGUUACGGUAUGAUGCAUCCUCCAAUGAUGGGACCUUACGGCUACCCUGGCUACGGUUACGGUGGAUAUGGUCCCUAUGGCGGCUAUCAUGGAUAUCAUAACCCUGUUGGAAGUGCUUUGCGGGGGGCUGUAGCAGGUGCCGCACUCGGAUUAUUAAUGGGAAAGAAAUAA